AGAUUGACAUGUUGUAACGUCAAAUGUAGUAAACAAAAGCACGUGAAAAUUACGAAAAACAUUAUUUCUUAAAAUAAUUUAGUUUAUUGGUCAAAAUGCCGAAAACAAAAAAGACAGUUCAAAACCUCAAGCAUCCUAAUAGUAGGAAAACUAUAUCACUCGUCAAGAAGAUGAAGAAGAGCGAAAAAAGGGACACCAAGAAACUUGGCACCGAUAUCAAGAACAACCUCAUAGGCGAAAAAAUUAUGUGGUUUAAAGAUAGGAUUCCUGAAGAUUGUUCAGUGUUAUCCAAGGAACAAACGUUAGGGCUCAUUGAACAGUACCUGUCACGUUUCGAUGAGGAGUUGGAACAAAUUUUGUUGAAGAAUUCUAUCGGUCAGAGAAAAAAUCGGCAACAUGCUAGUAGAGAGGACAUUAUUAAUAUUACGAAGAAAAAUGAGUUAGAAGAGUUCCAGACCUGUGGCUUGGAAAUGCCGGACUUGAUGGAUCAUCAGCAGAUGGAGGUUCUAAGGAAUUGGAAUGGGGAACUGAGGUAUUUGCAGCAUUUCAAGCUGAAAAGAUUUGCUAGGAAACAUCUAACAUAAUUUAUUUAGUACUGGUAUUAUAGUUUUAAGUAAAUUAAAAUUUUAUUUCUAACA